AUGAGCCUGCCAUGCCCGUACCGGCACGUUUCAUAUGCGACAUGGCGUCUGGACGUCAUUCGAACCGUGUGCCAGUCCUUCGAUGAGCCCCGUUCCCGACCAUCGGUCCUCCUCCGAGAAAAUCAAAGACCUUACUUCCGGAAUGCCAGUACUUCUAGAUCCGCGACAAAGAAGUCACACGAUGGAUCAGCGCCAGUACCUCCCUCUGUUACGGGAUCAGACAAGAAAGAUACUCGACCAGAUGGCCCUUUCAGUCCGUACAGCGAGUCUGGCCGUCGAGCCAUCAAGGACUUGCUGUCGGACCUGAAGAAAGCGAGCAAGAAGAUUCGGUUGGGGGACGACAAUGGAGAAUCCUACCGGUUUGGUUCGCACAAGUCAUUGGCUCUUGAUACGUCCGGAGGUGCAACCACGCAGCAGGAGAGCCCGUCCCAGAGUCUGCCGCCCGACUUGCCAUUGCGCAAGUAUCAUUCCACGCAAGGAGAGUCUCUUGAUGCGUCCAGUGUCGAGGGACAGCAGGCAAUCCAAGACUUGCUCACAGAGCUUCAGGGAGGAGGCGGGGAUCGCCACCGUAGGGGUGGAAAGGCCGCCAGUUCACGCCGUCCUGAAAGAGAAACACCUCCCGCCCUACAGUCACCUAUCAUCGCUCGGGUUGCCAGGGCGAGGAGACAACGGGAGGAAAGGAAAGAGCACCCGUCCUAUCGACGCAUAAAAGGAUUGAAGAAUAACCCUUGGGCGGAAAUUCUUGCAAGCCCCCUCCGAGCAUGUCAAGGUAGUGGCGCACGACAGCCCUCCGACCUGUUACUGGACUUUGGAUACGUCAAGAAUCAAAGGGACGGCAAGAUAUACCUGAUGCCAGCAGACCUUGCGGAUGUGGAUGCUUUGGAAGCAGAACUGACCGCAGAGCUGGCGACGUUAGAGUGUCGACCGCGAACACUCGACGGCGGAAGUGAGGUCAAGGCAGACAUGAUAUCAACGGUUAACGCAGAUGGUUCGGCAGGCAGUUCCAAUGAAGCAUCUCAAAAGACUGCCGACUAUACAGCAACAACUCGAAGAUAUAUCCCCGUCCAGAGCCGGCUGUUGACCAAUAUUACUUUCCUUCGCCUGGUGACCGACAAGGUAACCCAGCGUAGCAAGAAAACACCCCAAGUUCCGGCGCCGACUACAUUCGAGACGAGGCCUGGCGAGGUGAGCAAAUUAAUCCACUUCGAAACCCGGGAGUCCAUCUCAACUGCACACCAUUACCUACAAAACACAUAUCGAUUUGACUCGGCGGUCGGCGGCCAAGAUACCUUCGCAACGGGCUCUAGUUCACCUGCAGCCGGGCAAGCGAUAGCGCGGUUCAGCUUGGCCAAAUUGCAAUGGCAGCCUGACAUACCUCUUCGGAUUGCGGAGAUCAUUCGAAAACGCAUUCUCACUGCAUUGAAGUUGCUGGCAGAUUCCGCGUCUGCUGCCCGGUCCCAGCCCUUACCCGCGAGACCAUCAGGUGCCAUUGCGCUGCCUACCCCUCGGGAUGGGAUGUUCUCUGGUGAAGAGCUUCGGCGAUUGAUGAGGGCAACAUCGUCUACAACCUCACCUACUGGCCUCAAGAUCCGCGCGGUGGCCAGUGAACCAAAAGAGGGCCCGUCCCCACACAGUGGCUCUUCCACCUCUUCAGACGUUGACGUUUCCGUGCCUCUUCAAACUCAUGCGCCUGUUACGAUCCAAGACGCAGAGUAUCACGCGCUCGGUCACUCAGAGUGGCUACCAGGAAGCAUCUUCCUAGGCAUCGGAAACGAUGAUGUUGCAAACCCCGACUCUUCAGACUCUGUAUCGUCGUCCCUUCCCCCGUUACCGUCAAACAACCCUCUCAUACCUCCCAUGAUCGCCGUCUCGGAUACAUAUCGGUUCCCGGUCUUCUCCCUCAGACAUCUAUUCACCAAUGCCACUGCGCCUAACGCUUCUGAUCUGGAAGAACUCAACAACCUGAUCAGACAAGAAUCGAUCUUCCAACAUCCCCAUCAGACGUCACGCGGUGAAGGUGAUGCAGGAGGCCACCUUGUCCUGAUACGGCCCGUACCUGGCCCGGCGAAGGCCGUCAUUGAAGAAGUCUGGCGUCUCUGGCGAUACUUGGGUGGCAGGAACAUGGAUUGGUCCUUCACCUCUGGGACCGAAAGAGAGUCAGGUGCAGAGAACAGAGUCAAUUAUAUGGACAACGAGGAUACAGAGCACGACGAAGAGAGACGGCCUAAGCCCAACUAUUAA